CGAUUCUAUAAUAACAAAUAUGAGAUUCUUCAUUGUUAAUUGUGUCCUGGCCACAUACGUGCUCGAGGCAGAAGGCCUUUCCAUUAGGGCUUUACAUUCUGUAGACAGACCCAACACGCUAUAUAUGGAUGGAGAAGACAUGUUAUUUCUAAGAGCGAAUCAGGAUGAGAUUGCUGAUGCAGUCACCGACAUCAUCGAGAGAGCUGAAACAUAUAUGGAGAUGGAUCUUCUAACUGUGCUUGAUAAGGGUAAAGCACCUCCAUUUGACGGAGCGGAAAUUAAUGACUAUUUCAGUUUCUCGCCGUAUUAUUGGUUAGCGAACGAGGCCCCUUGCCUAGACGAGGAUUUGUGUGUCAACGAGUCCAACACUGCAGAUGACAUGGCACGCCAUGAACUGCUCACGGAUAGUGACUUUAAGGAUACACUCACAAAUAAGCAAUACGAGCGUUUAUACAAAGACUUUGCUCCAGCAGCUGAAAAAAAAUGUUACGAAGCAGACGUAUAUGUUAAGUGCGAUGGGGACGUAAAUCCGCACGCGGAUUUGAAACAUGACAAAGAUGCAAGAAAUAGGAUGUUAAGUGCAAUUUAUUCUGGUUCCAUGGCCUUCUGGUACAGUGGUGAGGAGAAGUAUGCCGAAAUGGCAUCCAAGUGGUUGCAAGCUUGGUUUGUAAACAAAGAUACCCGUAUGAACCCUCAUAUGAAUUUCGCUCAAGGUAUCCCAGGCACAGAUAUUUCGGGACAGAAAUAUGGCUUGAUUGAGAUGCAGCGAUUUCCACUCGAUGUGUUCGAGUGCGCGGAAGUCUUGAAGGCAGGCCACAGUAAGCACUGGAGUGAUUCGGACCAUGACAAACUCCAGCAGUGGCAGGGCGACUUCUUGAAGUGGAUGAAGAAUAGUGAGAUGGCUAACGAGGCCGGUGAUACGUACAACAAUCACGCUACGUGGGAGGCGUUCCUGAGAUUUUAUCUGAGUGCUAGAACUCUGCAGCCCGACGAUGUUUGGGAAGCGAUGGGGGAUAUAACAACUAAUGUUAUGGAUACGCAGUUCAGCUAUGAUGCCAUACUGCCGUACGAGACUUUCAGACCGCUCAGUCGCCACUACUACUCAUAUGGUUUGCUGCCGUUGGUUCGCGCUGCAAGUAUCUUGAAACAAUUCUACAAUAGAUUCGGUGAGGGUUACACAAAUCCCGACUACUUUGGAAACUACCUGUUCACGUACACGAAUUUGGGUACUCACGUAUCAUUGUUGGAAGGCAUGUCCAAGAUCCACUCAUAUGCCACAGAGGCUGAGGUAUAUCCAUUCCCAGAUACUGAGACUGACUGGUUGAAAUUAGAAUCCGGUUCGAUAUUCGACUACGAGGAAAUUGUUGUUAUAGGUACGAAAUAUGCCCCCUCCACACCUACCGAUACAUAUUUGGAGGAUCUGAAAAUGAUCAGCGGCUAUGACAAGUCUCAAUCUCGGAAAUCUGCUCUGCGCCUUAUGUUUUCAGACAAUGAAUCCACAAAAUAAAUGCUCACCUGGGUUCGCGUACUGAUAGAAAUACCGGCGAAUGUUAUAAAGUAGAGAAUGUCUCCUUAUAUAGGAGCAAAGUAGAGAAUAUGCCCUUAUAUAGACUGAGCAUCAUCGAGAGUAACAUGCUUUUGGAUAGAAAAAAACGGCAACACUCAAUAAAUGAAACAAAUAUAUAUCCGG